AUGGAGACUUCUCUCUUUCCAGCCUUUUCUUCUUUUCUUUCUCUUCUUGUUGCUAUCCAUUUUAUUCCUUUGGCAGCCUCAACUCCAUCAUACCUAAGUUUUCUUCAGUGCUUAUCCAAACAUUCAGAUCCAUCCGGCCACAUACUGUCAAGAGUGUACACCCCAAAGAAUUCCUCAUAUGAGUCUGUGCUACAACACUAUAUCAGAAACAAAAGGUUCAACAGAUCAACCACUCCAAAACCAGACAUUAUUUUCACUCCAUUACAAGAAUCCCACGUCCAGGUUGCUGUCAUUUGCUGCCGGAAAACUGGAAACUACCUAAAGAUCCGAAGUGGAGGGCAUGAUUAUGAAGGCAUUUCUUAUGUCUCCAACAUCAGUUUUGUUCUCCUUGACAUGUCUAACCUGCAUUCAAUUGAUGUCGAUAUCCAAAAUGAAACUGCUUGGGUCCAAGCUGGUGCAAUUCUGGGCGAACUUUAUUACAAAAUUUGGGAGAAAAGCAAAAUUCAUGCCUUCCCAGCUGGAGUUUGCCCAACAGUUGGCGUUGGUGGUCACAUAACAGGAGGAGGAUACGGUAACCUGUUAAGAAAAUAUGGACUGUCAGUUGAUAAUUUGAUUGAUGCGCACAUAGUAGAUGUUCAUGGUAGAAUUCUUAACAGAGAAUCAAUGGGGGAAGACCUGUUUUGGGCGAUUAGAGGUGGGGGUGGUGCUAGCUUUGGAGUGAUAACAGCCUACAAAAUUAGGCUGGUAAAAGUUCCUGAUGUUGUCACUGUUUUCCGAGUAAUGAGGACCCUUGAAGAAAAUGCAGUUGACAUUGUUUACAGGUGGCAAUUCAUUGCAAAUAAAAUAGAUAACAAUCUCUUUAUAAGGUUAACUCUAAAACCUAUCGGUGACAAGCAAAAAGGAACUAAGACAAUUAAAGCAACAUUUGUAGCAUUAUUUCUAGGAGAGUCCAGAGAACUUCUAUCGGUCAUGAAUAGGGAUUUCCCUCAAUUGGGUUUACAUAUCGAGAAUUGCAGGGAGAUGAGUUGGAUAGAAUCUGAGCUUUUCUGGGCAAGUUUCCCUAAUGGAACACCGCCUGAUGCUUUGCUCAACCGAAUGCCUGGAGCGAAGUUUCUGAAGCGGAAGUCGGACUAUUUGCAGAAACCUAUUCCCAAGGAUAAGUUGAAAUACAUAUUCAGUAGAAUGAUCGAAUUAGGAGACACAGAGUUAGUAUUCAAUGCAUAUGGUGGAAGGAUGAAUGAGAUCCCAGAAUGGGAAACUCCAUUUCCCCACAGAGCAGGAAAUAUAUUUAAAAUUCAGUACGCGGCAAAUUGGGAGGAAGAAGGAAAGGAAGCAGAGAACUUCUAUUUGAACCAGACCAAAGUAUUGUACAACUACAUGACUCCUUUUGUGUCAAAAUCCCCCAGAUGCGCAUUUUUAAAUUAUAGAGACCUUGACAUAGGGGUUAAUCAUAAUGGAAAUAACCGCUACAUUGAAGGUCGUGUUUAUGGACUGAAGUAUUUCAAGGAUAAUUUUGAUAAAUUGGUCAAAGUCAAGACUUUGGUUGAUCCAGAUAACUUCUUCUGGAAUGAACAGAGCAUCCCUCCUUUAGCAGCGUAG